AUGGGCAAAAAAGAACAGAGAAGACAGAAAAGAGACAGGACAGACCUAGAAGAAUUAACAGAGAAAAAAGGACAAGGUAGAGAAAAGAAAAAUGACAGAACGGAGAGUACAAUAGAAAAAGAACAGAUAGGACAGAAUACACAGAAAACAUAUAACGAACAGAAAGAUUGUGGAAAAAAGAACAGACUAGACAGAACGGAGAAUAUGGGCAAAAAAGAACAGAGAAGACAGAAAAGAGACAGGACAGACCUGAAAGAAUUAACAGAGAAAAAAGGACAAGGAAGAGAAAAGAAAAAUGACAGAAUGGAGAGUACAAUAGAAAAAGAACAGAUAGGACAGAAUACACAGAAAACAUAUAACGAACAGAAAGAUUGUGGAAAGAAGGAUAGAAAAAACAGAAACGCGCAGAAAGAACAGAACGGACAAAGGGGAAACAGAAAGGGUAGAAAGAAUAAAAGGACAAAAAUAUACAGAAAGAACAGGAAACGUAGGAAGGACAGAAAGAACACACAGGACGAACAAAAGGCAAGAAUGGACAGAACGAAUAGAAAGAGGGAAAAUAUAGGACAGAAAGAUAGAAUAGAAAAGACAGAAAGGACAGAAAGAUCAGUUAAGAAAAAAGAACAAAAAGGACAGAUCGAAGAAAACGAGGAGAAAGGACAGAAAAUACAGAAAGAACAAGGGGUACAAAAAGACAGGAAAAAUAAAAAGAACAGAAAGGAUGCCAAAAAUUUGAGCUGGGGAAAUAAGAAACAAAGAACUGAUAGAACAGAUAGGACAGAAAGUACAGAAAAAACAGAGAGAACAGAAAGGACCGCUAGGAUAGAACGAAGGAAAGGAAAGAAAGCAUACAGAGAGUAG